UAAACAGUCUUAAAAAAGAACCAUUAAGUUAGCUAAAGUGUAAGCAAAGAUAAACACAUAUUAAAGGUUAGAAAAUGUUUCUAGAAAUAGAACCCAAUGAAUAAUAAUAAAGCAAAUACCAAAAAGUCUGUUAAAAGUCACAAAAGUUGAUGGUUAAAAAAGUCAAAACUGAAGUACUGUUUAAUGUUUGCACAGAAAUGUUUCAAAAAACUGUGAAAAUGUUUUUUAAAUCAAAUAAUUGUCGAAUUAGCCAAACGGCCAUGGCAAGUUUGCCUCUACACGACUCAAGGUCUCACAAAAAUAUAGGUCAACAUUGCUCCCUACUGAUAGUUUUUAAAAAAGCAACGGUCACACCAGGGAACACCACUAGAGGUCGCAAUGAGACAUCUACAUCACUCUGAUUCUACCCUACGACCUCACUUAAUGCCCAGCUUCCAGCAGUAUUUCUCUUUCCUAUUCCCCCACAUUCCCCCCUCCCGUGCGGUCCACAGUAGCUGAUGUUCGGCCGCGGAUGCACAUUGCGGCUUCCUUUUUGGCUCUCUCCGGUCUCCUCCUCCUCCACUGGGAGAAAUGGAUACCGUUAUGCGUAAGAAGAAUUGUUGUAUUAGGUAGUUCAGCUUCACUGCUAGCGUCAGACAUCACCUGUGAAAUAUAUGAAACAAGAUGGGAACGUUUGGUGUAUUUGCUGUUUCGAUGAUUCACGCCUGUUAUUUCUUUUAUCCUAUCCUCUAGAUGUGCUAACUGCUGUGCUCUGUUUGUGCUGCUGUUUGUGCUCCCUUCCAUAUCUGUGGCAACAGAAGCGUUUGUUGGUAAUGACAGCUUAGUGUAUGGAGAAAUGAGUUGCAUUCAUUUCUCAGGUGUGAUUUCGGUCCAUUCUUUCACACAAACAGUCUUCAUAGUCUUCAAAGUCCCGUGGGCCUUUAUUAUGAACGCUUCUCUAUUACAUUCAAGUCAGGUGAUUGGCUGGACUGAAAUACAACUGAGUGUUUCCUUGGUUGUCAACCGUCGUUUCAUCUUCAUCAUCCUGGAAUACAACGGAACUGAGCCUCUGCUUUGAACCCAUCACCAAGAGCACUGAGGUGACAUCAUGAUUGCUGCGGUAACAGCGAUGAGGGAAGAGGAUGAACGAAGGGCGAUCAUGAGAGUCACUGUGUGUCGAAACCGGUCCAAAUGUAUCCUCAUAUUUCUGUUCCUCAGCCUAUUUGGACUCGUCUUCCUGCUCAACAACAUGGAAACUCUGGAGAGCUGGAACUGUCACACCAUUUCAGCCCUGCAACAGCUGCAGAGCAGGAUUCAAACCUCCAUCCUCCCACUCAGCCUCCCUACAUUUCAUCACAACCGCACCUUCUGCACUCACCUGGGACAAAAACCCUCCCCAGAAGAUGAACUGGAGGAGCGCCACCUGUUGGACUCUAUUGCCUGGCCCGGACCGCUGCCUAGCUCCAAACCAGUUGCCCUGUACCUGACAAGUGACCCAGUGCACAGUAUGUUCACCAUCCUGCCCACGGAAGAAGGUAGGACGUGGUACGUGGGGGGCCAGCUGGAGGUGUUGGUCCAAAUGUACGACUUCCACGGUCGUCCUAAGAACCACGGUGGAGAUUUCCUUUUGGCCAGGCUGCAUUCUCCACAGCUUGGUGCCGCUGUGGCAGGGGCAGUGGUGGACAACAGAAAUGGACGUUACUCCGCCCUGUUCCCUCUCUUCUGGACGGGAUCUGCGCAGGUGGAGAUCACGAUGGUGCACUCCAGUGAGGCAGUAGCCGUGCUGCAGCGCCUGAGGGAACAGCGACCCGAUCGGGUGUAUUUCCAAAGUCAGUUCCAAGUGGGGCACAUGGUUGAGACCACUGUGUGCAACAUGUGCCUGCCUCCAGACCAGCAGCCUCUGUGUAACUUCACAGACCUUUACACAGGCGAGCCCUGGUACUGCUACAAGCCCAAGAAGCUCAGCUGCGACACGAGGAUCAGCCACGCUAAAGGAGGCUACCUGAAACAGCUCAUCACCAACAAGGAGGCGCUGCUGUUCCAGAGCGGUGUUAACCUUAAAGUUCACAUACUCGCCUCAGGACCUGACCGGAUCACAGUGCUGCCUUCACAGGAAGACAAAGUGGAGACGCAGAACAGCAGGGUAAAAACUGACCCUGUUACGGCGGUGCUGUCAGGUUAUUACUACGAGGACGUGUGGAGGCCACGAGGUGGCGUUAAGACGAGGCAGUUCAAUCAGUCGUCUGCCAUCGCACAGUGCUUGAGGAACAGGAUUAUCUAUAUGUACGGAGACUCCACCGUCAGGCAGUGGUUUGAGUAUCUCAUCACUUUUGUACCAGAGUUAAAGGAGUUCAACCUACGGAGUCCUAGAAACGUCGGGCCCUACAUGGCCGUGGACAGCACGCACAAUAUUCUCCUGAAGUACCGCUGCCACGGCCCGCCCAUCCGCUUCUCCACCGUCAUGUCCAGCGAGUUGAGAUAUGUGUCUAACGAGCUGAACGGUCUCACAGGAGGUCCCAACACAGUGGUGGUCAUCAGCGUCUGGUCCCACUUCAGCACCUUUCCCGUUGAGGUUUACAUACGGCGUCUACGCCACAUUCGGCGCGCGGUGCUGCGACUGCUGGAUAGAGCGCCAGGGACGCUGGUCGUGAUCCGCUCGGCCAACCUGCAGGCCUUGGACCAGGAGGUGAGUCUGUAUAACAGUGACUGGUUCUCCCUGCAGCUGGACCAGGUGCUGAGAUCCAUGUUCAAGGGCAUGAAGGUUCUGUUUGUGGACGCCUGGCAAAUGACAUCAGCUCACCACCUCCCCCACAAUCUCCACCCACCGCGGGCCAUUGUGAAGAAUAUGAUAGACAUGUUUCUGUCCUACGUUUGCCCAGUGAAGAAAAAACCCCAGUAGGAACAGACAGGGACACUGACAGUGACUGACGGUGUGAAGCCAAACGUCCAUCGUUGUCCUCAGUUCUGAAGAUGUUCUUUUGCCUCUUACAGUUUCAGUUUGGUUACCACAAAUCUGACAUUUGUCCAGAAACAGCAAAGAUCUUGGUAACAAACAAAACACUAUUUUAACACAGUUAAAAAAACAAAAACAACAAAACCCACCAGGGGUAAAACUGGACAAACUGCACAAUCUGAAUGAAUGGGGUAAAAAGAAAGUAAGAAGCCAAAAGUAUAACUGACGUGUGUGUGUUGUGUCAUAGUGAGUUAGUUGAGGUUCACUGCCGUGCGGUCGUCGACGUGCUGACAGGGCACUAUGAGUGCUGGAACCAGGAACCAGUUUCUGACAGUUGUCUUUGACGACAGCUGUGACACAGUUGUCUUUCUGAAAUGAGCUGCAUAUCUCUGAGCCUCACCUCCCAGUUUGUUACUGUGAGAAAGAACAAACUCGUCAACCCCAGGUUUAGGAUUAGUAUAGAUGCUUUUCCAAUCAUUACCCACGAUGCAUCGCGCCGACGGCUAUGUUGUAUGGCGAACAGGUAGAUGUAAGCAAUCGAUAAUGUCAACAAAAGACAAGAAUAUUAAAUCGCUGGGGGGAGAUCAGACGAAAUAGUUGUGUAGAGAUUAACUGGACACAAUUACAGUGUCUAGUACUUGGACAAAUUGAAAAUAAUCGAUGGAAAAGACUCAUACGAAGUCGACAAAGCUGAGUGGAAGCGACAAUGUAUAUCAUACGGUAUCUAUAACAAUCGCUCGGUGACAGUAUUGUUCACACAUACAUCACUCCUCCACGGUGUUUGUGUUUUUUUUUGUCUACCUCUUUCUUGAUAUCAUGACCCAGCGACUUGAAUGACACGAUGAAACUGUUGUCACAUGAUCAAGUUCAACACGAUGUGAAGCAAUAACGUGCCUACUACUGACUAAUGCUCCCACUGUUAGGACUGUGGCAGUUUUUAUUAUUUUAAAAGUGUUAAAGUUUGAUGGAGUCAAAAAGGGAGGGUGGAGCUGCAGGCAGCACUGACGGACACCUUGUCCCUCCACCGUGGCUGGAGCCAAGACUGAGGACCUGUGGAUGCAGCCCCGCCCCCUAAUCAGCACCACCGCUUCCACCUGCUCCACCCAGUAUAUAUACAGCUCCACUCCUUUCAGUCGUUGCCAAAUUGUUAUCACUCCCAUGCAGACUUUCCAAGCACUUGACCUUUGGCCUUAUCGCUGCCCUGGUAAGCCCACCAUUCUUCUGCCUGUUGUUUCCUGAUUACUUGUCAGCCUGUGCUAACUGAAGUGAGCCUGUUUGCUUCAAUAAAAGACUGCGUUAAACCUGACCUGGUUGUGCUGCUAACAAAACAAACACCUGGUCAGGGACCAGUACCUUGAAAGAAUACUUUGUUUUUCAAUCUGCGUUAAUUUGCACUUUGAUACAAAUGUAUCCAGCACACUAUAAAUGUAAUGUGUACUCACUUGCAACGGGCGCUCUCGUGCAAACGACUUUCUACACCGGAAAUGUGAGCUGUUAAAAAGUAAAAACACUAACACUGUAGCAGACAUUUAUUUAAAAAGUUUAUUUUCCCUUUGAAAACUUCUUCUGAGUCUGCUGACGAUGGUGCUCUCAGGGAUGUCAAAGGUCAGAUACAGUUAAAAACUUUGGCAAAAAUACAACAUGAGGCAGAGCUGGGUACAAAACUAAAGCAAAACACGCACAGCACUGUGUCCUAAUGAAGGAGAAAAAAAACCAUUCACCGACCUCUGAACAUAUACUGUUGAAGUCGAGGUGGUUCUGUCAGAGCAAACUGAGACAGUCAGACAGAAACUGGAGUGUUUUUCAGUGCGGGGGGGAGGGCGGGGGUAGAGCAGUUGCAGACUGCAGUGCUGUAGUCCAGUGACUGAACACGGGAGUCAGAGUCAAAUGUUUUUGUCUUGGUUAAGCAGCAGACGCAGUGCAAGAUUUUUUUGCCAUUAUUCUGCGUUCUGUAAACUGACGUCACAAAAUGUGCUCCAACAGAAAUAUUUAAGAAGCUUGUAUCUUUAGAUGUUGUCAUUUGAACACAGGCAGGUUUCAUGGACUAAAUAAACAGAUUUUUAGAGCAUUUAACAUCUGGACAACCUUAAAAAAAAAAAAAAAAAAAAA